AUGCCUGAGCAAUCGGCUGAAAUUCAGCCGGAGACUAAAGAAACAGAGCUCGAGGAUGGCACUAUCGAUAAAGAACAAGAUGGUAAGUCGACAGAGAAAGAGCCUGAAGGAGAUGACAACAAAAAGAAAGAACCACAUGAUGCUAUGAGAAAUGAACCUUACCUUGUUGAUUUGAUCGUUGAAUCGUACCUUGGAGAGAAAGACGAGCGCGGUUUCUUUCAUGGCAUCGGAACGGCUUACUUCAAAGGAAACCAUGUUUACUCUGGCUCGUUUGUUAAUGGACUGAUGGAUGGGACAGGGCAAUAUAUUUGGUCAAAUGGUAUAAAAUAUGAGGGCGAGUUCAAAAACAACGACAUAGAAGGCAGGGGAACAUACACCUGGCCGGACGAAAGCACGUACGAGGGUGAGGUGAUGGGUGGCCUUAGGCAUGGUCAGGGCACCUAUAAUUGUGGAACAAUUCCUUCUUCCUAUACUGGAGAGUGGAAAUAUGGCAAGCGCUCGGGAGAAGGGAUUUUGCGUUAUGAUAAAGAAGGGUUGUCAUACUAUGACGGCCAUUGGAUGGAUAAUAAUAGACACGGGUUUGGAAUGAGGAGGUAUGCCUCAGGGAAUAUAUACAAAGGAGACUGGAGAGACAAUGUAAGGCAUGGUAUGGGAACCAUGCACUGGUACAAUAAGAACGAGAGAUACGAAGGACGGUGGGAAAAUGGUAUUCAACAUGGCCAUGGAGAACAUUCCUGGUAUUUGAAGCGCAUCCCGGGAUCCCAAUACCCACUGCGUAAUUACUAUGUUGGUGAGUGGGUUAAUGGCAUGCGACAUGGCCAUGGGACAUUCUACUAUGCUACUGGUGCUAAGUAUGUGGGAGAGUGGAUGAACAACAUGAAACAUGGACAUGGGAAAUAUAUAUUCAAGAACGGCUUGGUAUUUGAAGGUGUGUAUAAAAUGGAGCAAUGGAGAGGAGAAGUUAUUAUGUCACCUUGCCAUGGUAGCCAAAUUUCUGGAUCUCUAAAAACCAUAAUCCUGCAAAUAUGGCAGAUAAAAAAGAAAAAAUUACCAUAUAGGACCUUCCCGUCCACGAUUGCAAUCAGGAACAAAAUGGGAGCGAGUAAUUUUCUUUCAUCAUUCGACAAUGCAAAUGGCCAUCCCUGUUAAGAACCAGAAAUUUUGCUACAAUGGUAGCAUAACAUGAUACUUCUCCUCACUGUUAACCAUGUAAAAAUAGGUCUUUAAUGUUCUACAAUCUCCACUGCACAUCACAUAAUAUUACCUCUUUUACAGCUGCACUAAUAAAUAAAAGCCAUUCUCUGGUUUUCCUGGGCCAAGUUAAAUGUAGAAUGAAGAACAUUAGCAAAAAUUCCAUGCUUAAGGUGGAUUUUUGCUGUUGUAUAGUUUUCAAAUGUGUACUGCAGGUAAACAUAAACUUGCUUGAGUGCAUAAAUAAAAUAAUACAGAUGAUGUGUGAGAGCUCAUGGGUCAAAGUUUAAAGUUUCUCAACUUAAAAAUAUUGAGCUGCAUGUAGAAGAGGGGUAGGUGGGCUUUUGUUCAGUAGUACAGUACUCUCCCCGCUGGGACUUGAAAUGACCUGAAAUUCAUCCGAUUGCUUCAAGUCGUUUUCUCCUCUCAACAACGUCUGAAUCGACUGGCCGUUAAUGCCGUCCAGUGACGUCACCCACUACCCCAAAACCGGGUAGUGAUUUUGAUUGGUUGAUUGUCUAAACAUUCGCAUAAUUAUGUAUAAUUAUGAAAAAUUUUAGCGGGAUUGUCGCUUGAUAUUCAGCGGAUCGCAUCCCUGGCAUUCUUUCGUUUAGUUCAAACAUUUCGAUAAGCUUAAUCUUUAUCUUAAACAGCAAAAUAAUUAUUGCCCUUGUCUUCAAAACUGAAAUGCUAAAUUGAACUGCGAAUGAAGAAUCAUUGCGGAGAGUCGGUAGGUUUUUCAUUUAGAGCCGCUUUGUGGUUUCCGCGGCAGGUGAUUUUGUUUACGCGAAAGAAGUUUUCUGAGAUCAAUGUUAUCAGUCGACCUUCUUGUUAUUUUUACCGUCAAGUGUAAUGAUUCUGUUAGCCGUUUUCUUUCUUGUCUCCUUGGUUUUUUUUCUUAGUUAAAGACCAAACAGCUUCUUUUCAAUUAAAGCAAAUCAUUGUGUUUUUGAUCUAAGUGUUGCGUGUGUGUGUUUAUCUCAUUGCGUGAUUGCGACCGAGUUUGAUUAUAGAAUUUAGUACGACCGGUUCAGAGUUGUACUGCAUGCAGUUGAUAGUUUGAAGGUUAAACAUGAAUUACGAUGGAAAAAAAUGAAGCAGUUCUGUAUGAUGCAGACAUUUCCAAACAAUAUUUCUCAGUUUGCCACUUGAAAAUCGUGUUUUACUUUUUGCAUUAAUUAAAGCCAAGGUCAAGGAGUAGUGACGUCACUGGACGGCAUUAACGGCCGGUCGAUUCAGACGUUACUGAGGGAGUAAUAACGACUCAAAGUAAUCGGAUGAAAUUCAGGCUAGCUGGGACUCCCAUAUAAAAGUGACAGGGAUGUUCGUUGUUUCGCUUAUUGGGUGUAAAUUGUAGAUUUUGGUCUCACUUAGGGCGUUUGGGAUGGAAGUCACCAUAUUUGCCCAUUCAGGUAUGGUCCCCAGGAGUUCUCUCUUGUCUGAUUUAUUUCGCAAAUUGCAGGUACUUUUGAGCUGGAUCAUAUGCUGGACUUCCCUGAUAUUAAUCCAUCAGGAAUGAUGACACCAGACAUCACAAGUUCAGGGCUUCCUGUUCGACCUGGCACUCCGCUGGCACGAUCAGCAUCACCUUUUAUUGGCUCAGAAACCUCUGGAAACCCACUCAACUUGAGUAUUGACCUGCUUCUGGAUGAGAGGGAUCUUGAUUUGUAUGAACGAGAUGAGGAACUUCAGCGCGUCACCUAUGUCAUGCUGAGACAUGUCAGUAAGCUGAAGAAGAUCUACAGUUACUACUCUUGUCUUGGCCAGCAGGAGUCUGUUGACAACACAUUUGUCAUGAGUCGGCUUCAGUUUUGGCGCUUCCUAAAGGACUGCAAAGUUCAUCACCAUGGAUUCACCAUAUCAGAGUUAGACCGAACCAUUGCCCCUCAGAAAGGAAGUGAUGUCCACGAACCUCAACAUGAGGUGCUUAUGCGAGAGUUUUUGAAUGCAAUAGUCAUCAUUGCCUACCACCUGUAUCAAGAGGACCACCAAGGCAGUGAGCGUCUCCUCCCAUGGUGUGUGUCACGGCUCAUAACUGAAAACAUUCUGAAAAAUGCUUGCAAAGUUGGAGGCGCCCUGUUUGCCGAUUCCUCAAGAGCUGUUGAAGCUGUUAAGUAUAUGUCCAAAAGCUGGGAUAUUUUCUGUGAGCAUUGUGUACCUAACAUACGGUAUCCACAUGAGCCAAUCUUCAAAUCCAGGCAGUUUGUGUUUAUGCUCAAUGAUUUUCGACUUAUAAACACAGAGUUGAGCCCCAAGGAGGUACUAACGAUCCUGGCAAAGGAUAACCCAGAACUAGCACAAGAUGAUUUCUGUAAUCUGGAGCUUGAGAUGACAUUUCUGGAGUUUUUUGAAGCUGUUAUUGAUUGUGCUACAGUGUAUGUAACAGAUUCAGUUAUCAAAGGACAUCUGUCACCAAAAGGAACCCCAGCACCUUCUUCAAGAUCACAGAGUGCGGCAAGUUUUACUCCAGCUACUUCAAAGCCAGGAUUAGAAAGCCCAGAUGAAGGUACAGAAAUCUUAAUCAAAAAUAACAUGCACCAUGUUUCAAUAAAGCCUAACAAAAUGUACAGUGUGCUUAUGCCUUCCAGAUUUGCCUCCUGUGAACUGCUGCUCAUAAGUUUUCUUCACUUGAAAAAAUAGAAAAUUUAAAAUAAUCUAAAAUUUGACUUAUCAUUUUGGCAUAUACUGUGACCACAAUGUAAUCACUGAAGAGUGGCUGCACUCCCAAUUUCCGGCAGUGUGAUUUGCUACUUACAGCAAAGGUCAAAAUGUGAUAAGACUUCAAAUUUCAUUUUGUGACAUGUUGAAAAACAAACAACGCCAUGUGAAAGUACUUGCAAAACGGAUUUUUUUGUAUGGUCGCACCACAGGAUUUUGUCCACUCUGCAAUUAAAAGGGUUGCCCAUGUGGGUUGCCUAUAAACCUUUAUUGCUCAUCUGACUUAGCCUCACUGUGUCCUUUAUUGUCAAAAUAGAUCAAUACCAGGUGGUGAACUCAGCUGCUGAGACCCCUGCCGAGAGGGAGUCACCUGAAAGGGUGUCAAGGGUCAUGUCUGGAGUGUCAGAACCCAAGUCUGGUCCUGAAUCACCGACAAAAAGCAGGGAAGCUGCCCCUCCUGCACAUACCACUUCUGGUAGGUGUUUAUAAGUUAAUGCAAUGCUAAAUUAAUUUAAUGCCCUCCUUCGGAAAAAAAAAAAAACGCCACCCCUUUGAAUUAGUGUCCCACUAAAGUUUAAGAAUGUAAGAUUAAGCACCCCAUCCAAAUAAUACCCUGCCCAACCUCCCUCCAAGAAAGAAAAAUUUAUGGAAUUUUCGGUAUAGAAGUAAAGAUAAAGAUAUUUUUUUACGAGUGCUAAAACUAUAUUCAUAUUCUAAAGCACUGAAUACAUGCAGACAUAUGCAAACACAUAAUAAAUAGUUGGCAUAGAGAAAAUGAAAACAAAACAGUGAAAUCACUUGACAACAAAAUCAUACAGUGUUCAUUGAUUUAUACAUAGUGCAUUAAAAUUUAAUGAUAGGUUGGGCAGAUGCCAGUCUACAGAGCCAUUAAGUAUUUUGCAAAUGGAAUACAAUGAUUUCAAAACCAGGCCCUGGUUGUUCAAACACUGGAUAGCGCUAUCUAGUGGAUAAAUCACUAUCCAGCAGAUAAGUGUUAGCAAAACCAUUGCACCAUCCACUGGACAGAGGUUUAUCCAAUGGAUAGCACUAUCCAUCUUUUGAACAACUGGGCCCAGAACUUAGAGGAACCUAGAGGAAAAAGACAUUUAGAGCAACCACACACAGAUUUGUGUUUCUGUUUACAGAUUUCUAUAGCUUACUAUUAAUGACAGUCUGUAUUUAUUGGAAAUAUUUAGGCAAUGUUACUUUGAGGUUGAAAUUUGAAAAACAAAAUAACCGCCCGCUUCAAACAAGGUCUGCCCUUCCAAUGUUUUUGCCUCCCCACUCUUGUUUUAGAAAAUUUGAAAGGUAAGCACUCCAAGCCCUAAAACAUUACAAAAACCUCCACUAAUGGCCACCUAUGUUUAAAGGCCAUUUUUUUUCUGUCCCGGUGGACACAUUUUCUGUUCAUUGACUCUUGUUAAAACUUCUCUACAACGGCCACCUCUUAAGGUAAUUCCCUUGUUUUCCACUGCGCACCCUCUACUGCGCAUGACAUUGUGACAUCCAAGAUGGCGGCGGUUCUUCCCACUAGCGCAAAAAGAACAAACAAGGGACGUUUUUGCAGAGCUACAGCUUUUAUUCGCAAUAAUAAUGCCGCAGAUAGGGUGACAGCUUCCUGGUCUGCUAUCGAAAGACAAGAAAAUGAAAGAAAUGUGUGUGAUCUCGAACUCUGCAGUGGUUUUUCACUUCGCAGCCGUCGAGUUGUGGAAUUGUUAAAAUGUCCUGGCCGAGGCUUUGGAUUAUUGGGGCUGUGACGCCUGUGGGACAGCUCUACGGCUCUCAAACUGCAUUAAGGAGCCAGUUUCUGGCCCAGGAUCGCUACUGUAAAUACGUUUCUCAAACUCCGAGAGUGGAGAGACGGAUAUUUCUGCCUUUCUGGAACAAAGAAUACCCACCGCUAGUAGCACCAGUUUUCGUGUUGGAGACCAGUCUCCAACAUGAACUUUACUACUGAAUUCACAUUUUGCUGUGUAUAGAAACCAAACAAGCGAACAUAUGAAGAAGAGGCAUCAAUAGUCCUUUCUUCAAGUUUCUUUGUCAGACAUUAUUGUGCUCACUGAAAUUAAACAGAACGCUGGCGCUACAAAAUAGUCCAAAAUGAAGAUUCAUAACUCCAAAAUCUCAUCAAAUCUUGACUUACCUCAUUCCUUGGUAUUUAAUGUACUCUUUUCAAGUUUGAAUUUCUGUGUUGGCGAUAUCAAACACAGAAAAACAACCAAAAACGAGCUUGAUCUCGAGUGCAUACUUCUAACACGAUGGGCGUUAUUUUGUAUCUCGCCCCAGUCCCCGCCGUGCAAAUAAUUUAUCCAUCCUGACUGCGAUCUCAAAACCAUGUCCACCUUUCACAGCAGUUUGUGAGGAAACAAGCACGGUGACCCCCGAUUAUUUUCCCAGAUAUUUGCUAAGAACAGUCCAAUAAAGAACAUAUUUGAAAAAGAAAAAAAGUUUGAUAGUAGAACAUGAUUUUUUGGGGGAAAUGUUUCGUAUUUGGUGUAUUUGGGUCAAGGUGAGGAUUCAAGCUAACCACGGAACUGUCCGAAAAAGUGCAAUAUCCCCGCAACCAGGCAAUCAAAAACGAAUUAAAUGAAGCAAUACUGCUUAUUUGAAUAAAAGAAGCUUUAUAUUCAAGAUAAAAAAUGUCUGUUUCAAGUAACAAAGACUUAAUUCCGUAAGAAGGGGAUUAGAAUUUUUAACGUGCAGCCAGUAAAAAUAUCCCAGUUUAAGAGCUUGUUGACAUGUAAACAAGCACGGUGACCCCAUCUUUUUAUUGCAUUUUUUUAAUGUUCAUAUCAUGAAUGUUGAUUAUGCCAAGUUUCAAAAAAGAGUUUGAUAGUAGAACAUUUUCAAGGGAAUUACCUUAAUGGUUUCUUCUGUCCGUAAGGUGGCCAUUGUGGAGAUCGAGGUUAUUGAUUCACCUGUAGUAUCGAUCACAACGUUUCUCAAAUGUUUCUCACAGCAAAAAGUACUGAGCUUCUACCUAAUUCACAAGAGGGCAGUAAGAAAAUUCAAUCAGUGCACUCCAGUGCCAAUGUCGUACAGCAGUCUGGUGGACCUGCAGGAUUUGGAGAAGGAGAAACUGAUAAUCUUCCUGGUUUGUUUAUUAAUUUUUAUGCUCUGAAAAUUAAUGUUUUUGUCCAUCUGUGAUUUUUGAAACCUAUUUUUUGUAAUAUUUUUUCCCAUUUAGAGAGGAGAAAUGUGACAUCAUGUUACCCCGGCUGCAAAAUUUCUGUAUCUCAACAAUCUAUCUUGGUAGAGACAGCCAUUUGCAUUGUUGAAUGAUGAAAGAAAAGUAUGGGCUACCCCUUUGUUCCUGAGUGCAAUCGUGCAGUGGAUCGAAAGUCAUGCAUGUCAAUUUUUUUGUUUUUUCUGUCAUAUUUUCAGGACCAUGGUUUGUUAAGAUCCAGAAAUUUUGUUACCAUUGCAAUGUGACAUAACAACUGCUCCUAUCCAUUAUAAUUCCCCCUUUUUCUGUCCAGGAACUCUGCAAUAUUUUAUUUGACCACCCUGUUAUCAUGAGUCAUUUUUUCUUUUCUUGUCCAGACAAAGUUCAGUCAUUUCUUUAUCUUGCUGCCAACCCCAGGAAUACAACUACACUCUUGGAGGCAGCAAAGGUGGCUUUCUGUAGUCCCUAGUUUAUAGGAUCAUUCUAAUGCCUGUUGAUAUUAUGACUCUUAAGCCCGAGGAAAGCAAUUAAUCAGUGUAGCAUCCUAAUGUGAUGUUACCUCUGGCAGUUAAGGUGACCACCCUGUUCCUAUGAAUAUACCUGUAUGAAAAUGGUGCCCUUAUUACUAGGUAAAAAAUGUUAAUAUAACCAGUAUUUUAUGUUUCUUCUUCCCGUCAAUCACCCUAAUGGACCUGUCUGGAAACCUCUUAGUGGGUUCAAAAGGUCAUGACUGUAGGUUGUGAUUGGUAGAUCUGUAACCAUUUUGUUUGUUUCCUAAUGUCAUAAUUAUGAAGGAAGCAGAAAAUAUGACUGUUGGUUACUUUUUCGUACUCUGAGUUCUUAUUAGUGCAGUAAAAUAAUACAAAGGUAUAAAAUGAGGUUCCACCACAGUCUUGCAACUUGACAAAAUCCAAAUAUGUUGUCUUUAGUUGAAGUUCAGAGCCCAAGUCUUGGUGUUCCAGCAGAUCCAAGUCAAGUUGAGCAGCCUGAUCAACAUAACAUCUGGUGCCUGCAGCUGGAAAUCUUCUUUGAGAAAUUUUUUCAAGCUUCUGAUCAUUUGGAAAUGAUAAAAGUAGCACAGAAAUCCUGAAUGCAUUCAAGUCACAGUUUAUAAAAAGGCUUCUCUGGUCUCUUGAACCUUGCUUUCCAAAAUGAUGACCGGUUUACACAGUCGUCCGAGUGUGACCUGUUUCCACAUGAAGACGUUCUGUUUGACAGUUGUAGAUGAACCAAACAAGCCUUAUUUGUGAUGUGGAUGUUUGUAUAAGGUGUUCAAUGUGUAAAUAGUUAAAGAGAAAAGCUCUUUUGCAUUAUUAACUUUUAGUAGAAUUUUUGAACAAUUGUGAGCUAAAUUUAGAUAAAUUUAGCAAAACUUUUCAUUAUCAUAACAAGAUGGUCUUAAAAGUUAGUGCUAUUUUGUGAUAGCCACUGUCAACUGCAGUAAAUGUCACUGCUCUUGGUUGUCUGAAAAUUUUAAGUCGAUUUAUGUGUACUGUCAGUAUUGUUCUGCAAAUCAAUAUUUUGGUAUUCUUAAGCAUUAAUGUGUAGUUGGAUGUAUAUACUUUAUUUGGCAUCAGCUUUGUAAAUAUUGUACCUUUUCAUUAAUUUGGCUGAUUAAAUGUUCACAUAUGUUAUUUCAAGAACAAGCAGUUAAAUUUGUGGCACUUAAGUUUCUUGUUACUCUCUCCCAAGAAUGCUCUCCCGGGGUGAUACUCUCCCAUAAAAGUGACAAGGGUGCUCGUUGUACCUAUUAAGGGUUUAGAUUUGUGGAUUGGUACUGCUUAAGGAGCUAAAACCCCAAAUGACUGCUAUCACUGGUUGUGUUGGUAAGAUUUAUGAUAAUUCUUUCUAAAAGUUCUUCAGAAGAAAGUGUUCCAUAGUUAUCUUUAUUACUAUUAAUAUUUGUAGUGCAGUUAUAAAAUUUGUUGUUAUUGAAUUGGUAACUCUUAGAGGUGGAAUGAAUUUGGGACACGCCCAUAAAACAAGAUUCUGGUACUUUUAAGGGGUGUUCUCAAAAUUUUCUGAUGAGCACACCCAUCACUUUUACAGGGGAGUACCCCUCGGUGGAAUCCUCUGCAACAAACAAGCAAACAAAUAAAG